AUGGAAAAAAACAAAAAAGGAGGAAGGGAGGGGUGAUUUUGAUCACAUGGCCACGAAGUCACUCUGAAAGUACGCUGGCAGUGUAUCGCCCACAGAAACAUAGAAGUCCUUCAGAGCGAGGGGUCCAUGCAACGAGCGUCGUUUUCAGAGCUUUGAGUCGAUCAGCAGCCUCGGGCUGGUAAAACCAACACAGAAGAAGAGCGGUUGACGAAAGCAGAAGAUGUCUAAUCAAAGCCUGAACCUAUCCACUGAGGGGAGCACCACACCUUCAUUUUCUUACACCUCCGCUUCAGCAGUCCCCCCCACUACUGGGUUGGAUAUAAUUGCAGCCAAUGACAUAACCUCCAGAGCGAACUAUGUCUACUGUUUCUUGGCUGUGCUGGGCUUCAUCGCAGGCUGCUUCCUGCUCUACAGCCUGAUCCAGACCUACAGAGCCCAGAGACAGCUGGUUGGGCUCGACUGCCUGCUCUUGGCCUUUUGUGGCUUCCAGCUACUGCUCCUGCUCCUCUCUCUGCACUCUGUGACCUACAGACCUGACUACCUGCGUAGCACAGGUUUGGGCUGCGCCGCUCUCUCCUUCACCAUCAACGCAGCCUCUCUGUGCGGCCUGUUGAUCUUAGUGCUGAUGGCUUAUGUCCUAACUCUGAAUUCGCCAUCCAACGCCCUGCUGAAGAAGCCUGGGGUCUCUGUGGCCCUGGUGAUCCUGGCUUCUGUCCUGAUUUCUCUGCUGCUAGCUGGGCUUCGUGGUCCCCAUGAUGAUCUGCAGAAAGAGGACGUUUGUUUUAUGGAUCUAGUCAGCGCCGGUGUUUCAUAUGCAGCUGCUCGACUGUGCCUGGCCUUUUUGAUUCCCUACAUCCUCCAGGUGGGACUUCUGAUAAGGGGCUGCGUCCGGCAGUGGAAAUCUAAAGGACGAUUCCUCUCUGGCUCCACAGAGGGUCCUGUGUUCCUGACAGUCACCACGGUUAUGUUCUUCUGCCAGCUCUUCUACAGCGUGGCGCUGGUGAGAGGAGCACAGCUAGAGAGGGAGGGGCUGAGCCAUCACGAGCGGGCCUUCCUGAGCGUGGCCGAGUUUGUGUUCUUCUCAGGAAGCAGUGCCAGCAUGCUGCCCGCGCUGUUCAUGCACAGGCGGUGUCGAGAGAGCCUCCACAGAGUGUUUAGGCAGCUGAGGGACUGCUGUCGAAGCCCUGGGCACACGCAGCCCAACAGAAACAUCAUAGCUCCCCACAUCGAGAUCACAGACACGCUGCAGGACAUCGAGUCAUAGAGGACGAAAACUCUCUCAUCUACAACAGAACUCUUCUGAUGCAUCCAACUAAAGACUAGAGAUCUGACGUAUGAGACAUAUUCUCACUCUACCUUUUUAAAUGCUUUUGCUGAAUUUGCUCCUAAGUGACAAUGUAAAUGUUUUUACAUACAUGCAUUCUCCUCUUUAUUGUCUCCAGUGUCUGAAAGUUUGCAAAACUAUUUUUUAAGUUUAAUUUUUUUGUACUUUAUUUUACAAAAAAAUAAAUAUUUUGCUGUACAAAUUCAGAAUUGCGUAAUAUGUUGGUACAAUCCUUUACUGUACUAAGUCACUAUAAUAACAAAACUAUGAAUAGGACAGUUUAAAAAGGACUUACUGUUGGUAGUAUGUACAAUUUUCUAUAUAUUGAACCUGGUUUUAGACAAACCUCUUUUCUUGGGAAACUGACUCCCUUUUUUUGUGAUUUGCACAGAAGCUCAUUUCAAGGAAAUGGCUGGAAAAACCUCUAACUCUCAGAAUACCACAAAGGAAACAUGCAGUCAACGAAAAUAAAUGUCAGAUUAGUACAACAGCGUCAAUAUCCUUCACGUCAUUAUUUUUUUUAAGAUGUUAAAGAUCCAACACAAGCCAGACAAGUGACACUGUGUGAACUUUCCGACUCCUUUUGAGAAACUGAUGGGCACCAGUUCCAGGAAUAACUGACCUGCAUGGAUGACUUAUUGUAUUGGUGCCAACACAGAGUCGCACAAAACCAGAGACCAGUAGGAAAAUUAACACAGGAGGCGAGUUGCAUAAGAUGCUGGCGUCAUGUGAAAAGUCGGACCUCAUUCACAUUCAUUCUAAUUUGUCACUCCUUAAAGUGAAAUCACAUAUUCACUGAACGCAGAAUGUGAUGCAUUGCAACAUUAACAUGCAGUGUCAAACAGGUGCCUGAAAACCAAACCAAAAAAACAAAGUGCGGCUAAAUAAACUGUGUUUUUGUGUUUUAAGGAGUCUAAAGCCAGUAAAAAUGACUAUCCACAACUGUCCUUCACCUUGUUUUGUGUAAAUAUCCUGUUAUUCUGCCUUUG